GCUCGGUGCGCAUGACAAACAACUCCGGGUUCCACACAUGCUCAAUUUUAUAAGCUGAUAUAUCAUUUUAAAAUUUUAAUUCCAUUCAUAGCUAGGUUUUUUUUAAUUAAAAUCCACAUUUAUUUCCCACCAUGUACCUUCCAGAAUAUUCCGUUGGUCGUUGAGGAAUAAAAGGUUAAGCGCACGUGCAUCCAAAUAUGAGAUUUAGGAGGCAUGGAGCCGGCGAGCGUGGAGAACCUGUGUGUGUUGUACCACAGUGCUGAUUACCUGGUGCUCAAUAAACACUGGGACAUUCGUAUCGACAGCAAGCUGUGGAGUGAAACGCACACAGUGCAGAAACAACUGAACCGUCGUUUCCCUCAGCUCGCCGACCCUCAAACACACUACGGCUUCAGGUUCUGUCAUCAGUUGGACUUUUCCACCAGCGGUGCACUGUGUGUGGCGCUGAAUAAAGCAGCAGCUGGACGAGCGUAUCGCUGUUUCAAAGACAGGACAGUCACCAAGACUUAUCUUGCUCUGGUUCGAGGCACUGUAGCUGAUAGCAGAAUGACGCUGGACGCUGCUAUCGGUGAAAACACCACCGAGGGAAAAACGCACAUGAUGUGUGUGGAAGGAACAGAAGGAUGUGAGAAUCCCAAGCCCAGCCGGACAUUAUUAACCGUGUUAGAAUACGGAUCAUAUGACGGAGAGCCUGUUACUAAAGUUCUUCUGCAGCCUCUUACAGGACGCACCCAUCAGCUCCGAGUGCACUGCAGCUCCAUCAGUCACCCUAUCGUAGGCGACUUCACUUACAGCCUCGGAACAGACGACGCUCCGUAUCGCAUGAUGCUCCACGCCUACUUCCUCCGAAUCCCUCUGGGGCCCGAGGUCAUCGAGGUCACGACUUCCGAUCCCUUCGUUUCCGAACUCGACCCCAAAUGGACGCCAGAAACGAGUGUUCAAGAUCUCCAGAGCUUAAUGACUGAAAUAAUAACGAGAACGAAAGCAGAAGAGCGACAAAGGGAGGAGGAGAAGUUAGCGAGCGAAGAAGAGAAAAAGAGAAGGUGGAAGAAGAGCGCAGAGGAGAGCGAGGAGGAACGAGCGCAGUGUCAGCAGUGGCUCUCUGAAUGGACUCUCAGUGACGAAUGACUGUUUUUUAUUGUAGGCUGUGAAAUGAAUUUUUAUAAUAAAUGAAUUGUUUACUCUA